AGAAGAAUUGUUUGGCUCGGGACUCGGGGCUCGGACUCGGAGUCACUCGGAGUCACUCGGGGAAUGCACUGAAGCAGCAACAGCGAAGUUUUUUCUUUCCCGCUGUGAAACUACCACUGAAUCGAAUCACGUCUGAAAAGAAGCCCGGUACACUAGAAGAUCAUCCUGUUUCUGAGACAGGAAAGUGCUGCGAUGUCCUAACUCUUAUCAGUGCCUCCUGUCCCUCCCUUGUGUCUCCUGUCCUUGGUGGGACAGUCACGGAGUGUGCCCCCUGUUCGAGAUGAGCAGCCCUCAGCAGCACCACCAUGGCAGCACAGGCUCAGAGCGGGACUUGCACUCGGCCGCCUCCUCCGUCAGCCUGUCUGUCCGAAAGACACCCAAGAAACGCCGCUUUUCUCUGCAGUCGAUAUUUGGGCGUCGCUGCCGACCAGACACCAAACGCAGGUCAAAGACUCAAUCUUCUGAAGGUGUCCCGGGACAAGAGAGCGUCCAAUCAGAGGCCUUCCAGGACAAGACCUCUGCCCACUCCACUUUGGGCCUUGCCUCCACCUCCUCUGUAUCAGGCUCUUCAUCCGACCACCUCGAAUGUCCGCUGUGCUUACUACGCCACUCUCGGGAUCGGUUUCCAGACAUCAUGACGUGCCAUCACCGCUCCUGCGCCGACUGUUUACGGCAGUACCUCCGCAUCGAGAUCUCAGAAUCCCGAGUCAACAUCAGCUGCCCCGAGUGUUCUGAGCGAUUCAACCCCCACGACAUCCAGAUGAUCCUGGGAGACCGCGCCCUUAUGGAGAAGUACGAGGAGUUCAUGCUGCGCCGGUGGCUGGUGGCUGAGCCCGACUGCCGCUGGUGCCCUGCCCCAGACUGCGGUUAUGCCGUGAUUGCAUUUGGAUGUGCCAGUUGUCCUAAAAUUACCUGUGGACGCGAUGGCUGUGGGACAGAGUUCUGUUACCACUGCAAACAACUGUGGCACCCCAACCAGACGUGUGACACGGCCCGCCAGCAAAGGGCGCAACACCUACGGCUCCGCAGCUUCAGGUCUUCCUCCCUCAGCCAUAGCCAGGAGAGCGGCGCUGCAGGAGAUGACAUCAAGCCGUGCCCUCGCUGUGCGGCCUACAUCAUCAAGAUGAACGACGGCAGCUGUAAUCACAUGACAUGUGCUGUGUGUGGAUGUGAGUUCUGCUGGCUCUGCAUGAAGGAGAUCUCUGACCUGCACUACCUCAGUCCGUCGGGGUGCACGUUUUGGGGAAAGAAGCCAUGGAGCAGGAAAAAGAAGAUCCUGUGGCAGCUCGGGACGCUGGUGGGAGCUCCAGUCGGGAUUGCGCUAAUCGCCGGCAUUGCCAUUCCAGCCAUGAUUAUUGGCAUUCCAGUUUAUGUGGGGAGAAAGAUUCAUAAUCGAUACGAGGGUAAAGACAUCUCCAAACACAAGAGGAACCUGGUCAUUGCUGGUGGUGUCACUCUGUCUGUCAUUGUGUCACCUGUGGUCGCCGCGGUCACCGUCGGUAUUGGAGUCCCCAUCAUGCUAGCAUACGUCUAUGGCGUGGUCCCGAUCUCUUUAUGCCGCAGCGGAGGAUGUGGCGUUUCUGCUGGAAACGGGAAGGGUGUCCGAAUCGAGUUUGAUGAUGAAAAUGACAACAUGGGAAGUGGUGCAGCAGCAGCAGACACCACGUCAGUGGCAGAGACACGGCUGAAUAACCCAAGCCUGGGUGAUGGGGCGAGUGUGGGGGGUCUGACUGGGCUCAGCCUCAGUGUCAGCGGCAGCCACAUGGAGCGCUGUGGAGUCAGCUCCAGUCACCGUGACAACAUGAGCGACAACGCUAGCACCACAGCCCUCGCCGGCACCAGCAUUACUGGCAGUUUGUCAGGCAGCUGCUACAACAGGAUGGAGGUUCAGGCUGAUGUCCAAAAGGAGCGUUGCAGUCUGAGCGGGGAAUCAGCCACAGUGAGUCUCGGGACAAUUAGCGACAAUGCCAGCACCAGAGCCAUGGCUGGGUCCAUCCUCAACGCCUACAUGUCCCUGGAGAGGGAGAGCAGUGUGGAGGUGCAGGCUGAUGUGGAGUGUAAACAGAAGGAGAGGCGUGGCAGUGGCAGCAGCAGUUUAGACGAGGCCAGCUGUAGCUCUGCUGCUGUGAAGGGGGCAAGUGGAGGGGCCUGUCCCUGCCCUUCAGACUGCUGCUGCCCCUCACCGCCCUGGUCCAAGGAGCCGCCCACCUCGGCCGGACCCCGGGGCAAAGGCAAGAUGUGGAAACGAGCCAACAGCAAAGACUCAAAGUGCGAGGUGAGAUCAGAGUUGGACGCACAGCUGCUAGAGCAGCGCAGCACGAACUCCUCUGAGUUUGACUCUCCAUCUCUGAGCGGGAGUCUGCCCUCUGUGGCCGACUCCCACUGCAGCCACUUCUCCUCGGAGCUCAGCUGCUGUGACCCCCCAGGACCCUCAGAACCUCUGCCCCAGGCCGAGCAGUGCCCCUCCCCUCGGGGGAGCUUCGCACACAGACUUUUGUCUGCGUCACCUCCAGCCUCGCCCACAGAGGGCGCCAGCAGCACCUUCACUUACACAGAGGAGAACAGGAGUGACGGGCCUCCCCAGGGGCCAGAGCAGGAGAAGAUAAAGGAGAGAAGUAGUUCCAGUGACCCGCCUAUGACUCCAGUCAGAAAGCGCUGCAUACAGACAGAUAUCUAACACAAUAAAGAUGCAUUAAACUUUUUGUUUAAUGUUUUCUCUCAUUGAGAUUUUAGAAAAAGUCACACAGUUGCGCCUACUGCAAACACAGUUGUAGGCUUAUCAUUUCUAAAGGGGUCAUUUUGUGUGUAUUUUUCUGCAUUUUUGCCUUUUGAAAAUUUUCAAAAUAUCAGAAUAACAUACAUGCUAAUUUUACUCUGACACAGUGUAAUGUGGACCCUGAAUGUGGCUGUGUGCGUGUAGAGGCUAAAUGAGAGGGGAGCAGUAAGUCCAAGAACAGGUUCUGUUUGACAGGACAAAGACCUUCAGGCUUUGAGCAGGUCCAUUUGAAUGUGCACCGCAGGUGUGAAACACGUGAAUGAUUUGUGUCCUUUUGAGCUGCUAAUACUGAAUCAUAACGUUCUUUAUCACAACACGGGGGAUACGAUGUUAAUCAAAGCUAAGGGGACCACAUAUACCGCAGCACCCUUAUCCUCUGAGAAAAGUCAUUAUUGUUGCUUUUGUUCAAAUGUGAUGCAUGUUUAUUUUGUGAUAUGUUUUCGCUCAGUUUAUUUUCCAUUUUGGGAAAGUUGUUUUUUAUGUUGAAGCCCUGUGCUGGGGUCAAAAGUUUAUUGGGUGGGGAUGGGUACUCAUCAGAAGUCGUCCAACCUUUUUAAAGUUUGUACGGGAAAAAAAAAACAUUCUCUAAAGCAAGACUGCACUGGAGAAAUUGUGUGGUUGUACCUGUGUUUAAAAAAAGCGCCAUUUUAACUGCAUAAAAAGGGAAUUUAUUUUUCCUAAAGCAUUCCUAUGAAUUAGAGCAAUCAAACACUGUAUAGUAUUUCAAAUAGGAAUAAGCUUUCUACAGACUAAAAUGUACAAUAUUUUACAAUUUAACUUUAAUCAAGGGAACAUUUAUUAAAACCUUCAAUUGUGCAAUCACAAGACACUGCAAAAAAUGUUGAAUCUUUUACAUUGAUUUAUUGUAGCUAUUUUUAUGAAAAUCCAAAUUGAUAUUAGUGCUUUUGUUGUAUUUCAGUUGUUCUUAUGUUUUCUUUUUCUAAUUUAAUUGAUGCAAAUGAUUUUAUAUUGACUCACAGUGCCUUUCUCAUUAUGUGUCUUGAAUGGAAAAACUCAUGUUAUCAAAUGUACAAUAUGUAAAACUAGAGUCUAUUUUCCCACUAUGAAUGAAGCAGCCGCUGUAGCCGGUUUAGACCAAAGAUUGCCCUAAUGUAGAUCGGACGACUCGAUGGAAAAAAUAUAUAGAUCCAGCUACCAAAAUACAUCUCUGGGUCUAUCGUGUGAAGAAUGGAUUGUACUAAAAAUGCUUCCCUGAAAGUAGCCAAAGUGUAAAGCUUUUGAAAUCUAUUUUGAGUCUAUAAUAAAAUCCUUUUUUAUCCUAA